AUGUUGCUGUUCACGAAAGCCAACAUUUGGGCUUGUUUGGCUCUGGUCCAGCUAUGCUCUGCCACCGCGAUUGACGUCACCGGUCUCAGCCCGCGUGGUGCCUACCGCGACGACUCUGGCAGUUCAGACUGUCUUCAAGUUGGUUGUGAUACCUCGGUCUGCGCCAAAGACCCUGUCGAUGCUCUUGCUGUCGCGUCGAAGGGAGUGAGCCUCAUCUUGGGUCCCGAUUGUGCUGGAUGGGCUGAAGGUAGUCCUUCCGUGGUGCAGGGGGACAAGUCGUGCCCUGCGGGAACACAACUCUACCGUGGAGAUUUGAGGGUUUGGCGCGCGUGGAACAAUGUUGGAACGAAGUUCACAACCACAUUCGUUGCAUGGGAACAGUUCAAGGGUGCUACUUGCUGGGGUAGGAAGGAUGUCACUUGCGUCAAGGGCCCAAAGCAAGUCCCGGAUCCGAACACCGGCUUAUGCGGACCAUGGGCUCUGUAA